UUUUGCAGGGGGGUUUGUCAGGAGUCAUCAGCUCUCUCUCUUUUCUGAUCUUCAAUAUUGUCCUAUAAGCUUUUCUCUCCUUCUCCUCCUUCUUAUUGGGUUCAUAGAAUAUGGCGAGUUCCAUGAAUUCUAUGAGCAGAUCACCUGUCUCUCAUGGUGAAGCUGAUGAAUAUCCUGAGGAGAGUAGUUGGACUAUGUAUUUUGAAAGUUUAUCAAAUAACAACAGUGAUAUGGAUGUUGAAAACAGCUCUUUUUCUUCUGAUAUCAAUUACCAAAGCUCAUCUCUAGUUUCUGAUGCUGCCUGUUCUGCUGCUGGAAGACAUGAUUUUGGAGCUCCUUUAGGUAAAAGCUGUAACAGGUUGAGUUUCAAGAAGAGGAAGUGUAAUAAAGGACGUUUGGUUGAUGAUGAUUUGGAGGAUACUGCUAGUUCUCCUGCAAAUAGCCCCAAGGUUUGUAACUUAAUCAACCACUUUGAUAAGAACCUGAAGCAGAAAGAUGUGAUGGACAAAUCUCAGGAAAAAGGCAGUGCAUCAGGACAAAUAGAUGAAAGAAAUGAUGAAUUGGGUCUUAUAGGAAGAGAAGAUGAUGGCACUGAACUAAAGAAAAUGGGUCUUUGUUUAGUUCCUUUGUCUAUGGUAGUACACUAUCUAGGUUGAUUUCAAUUCCAUUACAGCACCCUCUCUCUCUCUCUCUCUGUGCAUCAAUGAAAAGAAUGGUGCUGUGCAUGAUGAUAAAAUUAAGAGUUGCCAUUGUUUCUUGUCUGCAACAAUUGAAGUAUGCAAAUUUAUGUUCAUAAAAUGGAUAAAAGUUCAGAAGAAA